AUGCAAAAUACUACUAAUAAUAAUAUCAAUGGCCUUCCUUCUAAACAGCCAUUCAACCCUGAGGAUUUAUCAAAAACAAAAAAUAAUUUGCAUAGUAGUAGCCAAUCUAGAGGCGCCGAUCCCGAUCGUGCGGAGCGGAGGCUCUUGGAGCGUUUAAUGCAGAAUAAAAUUCAUUCACGCAGCGCGCAAAAUGAAAUAGGAACAUCCUCCUCUUCACAGCAGCAGCAGCUAUUUAUUCCUAAUCCAUUCUGCUUUACCUGCGAUUGGCUUUACUGUCAGCAGGCGGAUCUUCUUAGCGAUCUUCGCCAAACUUGGUUAGGAGCGCUCUACAAAACAACACUUUCAUUUACCUUUUCAGGGUCUGGUGAGCCCAAAACGACCUCGGCAAGACCCUCGGAGGAGGUGGAGGAAAAGGAUGAAAGGAAAACGAUGCCUUCUGUGUCUUCUACAAUGCCUUUCGAUGUUUUGCGCGGCCAUCAAGAUGCCCUAAAUGCGGAACUUGCACGUGAGCUGAACAUUCGCUGGAGCGGCCGCCUUGUCGCCGAGCGUGAGAAGCGUCGAAGACAACUCCUAUCAUCGCAAAACUCAAAGGGGUUAAAACCCCAUUCUAGUAAUGGAGAGUCUAACAAUGAAACCAACAACAGCGAAGAAGAUGAUAUUAACGAGCUUUUCCUUCGCGAAGAAGCAAAGGCAGCGAAGGGGCUCUGCAAAGUAGGCUCAUACGGCCUCAAGAACCUCCGCAACACCUGGCUACGAACCGCGAUGCGGCAUCUUUUAAAAGAUCGAUCCUCCAAGUCAUUUUACGGUGACGAAGAAGGGGAAAGUGUGGCGCUUUCGGCCUUUUGUUGGGUAGUUUGUGAAAACUGUGGGAAGCUUCGUAGGGUUGCCCAGCCUUUUCCUGGGGGGGUGCCUUUUAUUUGCGCGUUAUCGCGUUCCAUUGGAUCCUGCAAGGUGCCUGAGGUCGAGGGCUUGAUCUCGUGCACGGCCGAUUUAACCGAAGUGGAGCUCCGUCGGGCUGUCUUUGCGUCCGCUAUUCUGCCCUAUCCACUUCACCAAUACGGCACCCAGCUCCACACGGAAGGGGAGGAUCUCAGCUUGACCCUAAAAGAAGAACCUAUUUCCACAAAACGAAACGGCAAUGCGGGAGUGAAAAGGGAAGAGGCAAAGGGGAAUGGAGGGUGGGGAGGGGCUAAGGACGAUGAGCCGUUUAUGCAGGAGCUGCGCUCAGAGCUAGGGCAGCGGCUCGUGGCGUUGCUCGAGCGCGUGGCGGAGUCCCACUCCAAGUCGCCAUCUGCUACCCAUAAACGACAAAAAAACAACGGUUACAGAAAUGAUCACGGGAUAUCCUUGAUUGAAAGUGCGCUUCCCUUACUGAAAGAUCUCUCCGCGCGCGUGCAGAAGCGUCUGCUCGGUACUUUCGCCAAGCAAAUCAUGACCAUUCCCCAGGAGAUUCGAACCAAGCGCGACGACAUCCUGAAGGCCUCCUUCCUAGAUGAACCAGCAAAGGUGGAGGAGGAGAACGUCGUCAAGGAGAAAAGUACCAUUAAGCAACCCUUGGAGGCAGUAGAGAACAAGCAUUUGAAAAAAAGCGCCGUGGCUAACUUUGCUGUAGUGCAGAGAGAAACUACGCCCCCCGACUCUAACGUACAAAAUGAAAAGCGGAAAAGAGGAGUGGAGCUGAGUGAAGAUGCACCUCGAAUGAGGCGGCGUAAAGCAAUGAGUAAAACUUAUGAACAUGAAGCCUCACCCAAGUCAGCGGAGCUCCCAACUAGCGACAUCAAGGCUCCCGCGGGAUUGCCGUCUAGGCGUCAAAAAGAAAUUACCAAGCCAUUGGUUGUCAAGUCAGAGGAGCUUGAUACCAGUGGCCCGGGGAACACUCAAAUCUUGGGAGUUAAACGGAUCCGUUUAUCUCGGGAUGAAGUUAAACUUCCUUUAUCUAAUAGAACUUCAAUGAGCUCUAAAGUGGAGGAUCAGGCUCCGGUCGUGAAGCGGAAGAAAGGUCGGCCUCCAAAACAAAACACCGAGCUAGAAAUCGUUUUUUGGGUUAGGUGCGAUAUUUGCAAUAAGUGGCGCAUUGUAUCUCAACCUAUUCCCGAUAAUACAACGUUCUGGGAGUGUAAACUUCGAGAUGACAAGACGACUUGCGCGAUGAUGGAUGAUGAAAUCAUGCUUAAAAGUCAAAGCAGUAAGUGA